GUUUGUCGCGAUUAAUACGAAAAUUCGACUGUGUUGAUGUGGGAAGAUGGCGGCUUUUCUCAGUGACGAAGAAAUUGCAAAGAAGCUGCAAGCAAAAUUUGAUGAAGAGGAAUCUGUUAGAAUAGAUUCAGAAGAAAAAGAUAGGACUCUCGCAAUGGCAUAUGCAAAGAUACACAGUAUAUCAGAUUCUGAUUCGGACGCCACAAUAGAUCCAGAUGAUUUGGUGAGAGACAACUCCCCAGACUUGUUUGACGAGGAAGGAGAAUGUUCCAAAAAGACCAGCCAUCAUUCAGGAGAUGCACAGAAGAGCAGACAUACAGACAUGUCAAGCAGUAGGUCUCCCAAAUUACUUCAUAAAAGAGUGAGCAAGACUCAUGAUAUAUCAGACAGUGAAUCUGAUGAAGAUACGAGAAAGAUAAUACAUUCAAGAAAAGAUAUAGCUUCAAGAACAUCAGCACCAUCCCCUACCAUGAAAAAAAGAAAACUUGAAAUUGACCAGCCUUCAUCUAACAAAAAGAGAAAAAGCCUCUGUGAUUCGGAAAGUAUUGACAGUGAAAAAGGUUACAGUAUAUUUUCCAAAUAUAAGAGUUCAACUUCAAACAACCUGAAGACAGAAAAAUCACAAACUCUGUCUCUUAGUUCUAAACUGGACAGUCCAAAAACAUCACGCCCAUCUCCUAGUGUGAAGAAAAUACCAAGUGUGACUCAUGCUUUGUCAGAGAGUGAUUCAGACACUGAAGUGAAAGGUGUGAUACAUGCUUCGGAAACAAAACCAAUCCUGAGUUGUUCCAGCCCAUCAUUUAAAAAAUCUAAUUCACUUAAAUUAGCCAAAGAUAUAUUGUCACAAGAUGAGAAGCCCUUGUGUCAAUAUGGAAAGGAGUGUUUCAGAAGGAACGCAUCUCAUCAAGCAGAGUUCCGACACUCGGAUGCUGAUAACAGCAAUGGUAAAAUGAAGAGUCAUUUCUCAAAGAAACGUUCUGCUGUGAAUGUAAAAAAGACUGGCCAAGACAUCUUCAGAGAAAACCAGCCCCUGAGUUUCUACAUGACCAAGGUUACAGGCAUUGAUGACAUCUAUAAUGCAUAUGGAUCCAUCAAUAUUCGAGAUAUCUUGUCGGCAAGCAUGGGGAAUUUAGAGGCCUCUUGUCAGUUCAACUUUAUGUUUGAAGUGGAUUGGAUUAUGAGCCAGUACCCUGCUGAAUUUAGGAAGAAGCCAUUGACCCUGGUACAUGGAGAACAGAGAGGAGGGUUGGCCACACUCCUGGCAAACACAGCUCCGUACCCCAACAUCACCUGCUGCCAGGCCAAACUGGAUAUAAUGUAUGGCACACAUCACACGAAGAUGAUGUUGCUGUUGUAUGAUCAGGGGUUGCGUGUCGUCAUCCACACGGCCAACCUUAUAGAGCGGGACUGGUACCAGAAGAGUCAGGGUGUCUGGGUGAGCCCUGUGUUUCCUAAACUCCCAGCUGACCAGAUUACAAGUGAUGACAAGGCUCAAGGUGACUCGCCCAGUCACUUCAAGCAAGAUUUGCUGCAGUAUAUUGCCGCGUACAGAGCACACAAGCUGACAGUGUGGGAGAAACACAUCAAAGCUCACGACAUGUCAACAGCAAAGGUUCAUAUAAUUGGGUCAGUGCCAGGCCGCCACAUCGGAGAUCAGAAGAGUUGCUGGGGUCACAUGAAACUCAGAAAGGUUCUUCAGAGACAAGGUCCUGAUGCUAGUCGUGUGAAAUCGUGGCCAGUGAUUGGUCAGUUCUCCAGUAUCGGUUCACUGGGUCCAACGGCGGAGUCGUGGGUGUGUAACGAGUGGCUGCAGUCCCUGUCCUCCACACGAGGGAUGUCUGUCACACCAAAGGCCAAUAUGACACUGGUGUUCCCGUCUGUGGACAAUGUGCGUGUCAGCCUGGAGGGGUAUCCCGCUGGCACAUCGGUCCCAUACACCAUGAAGACAGCCCAGAAGCAGAAGUAUAUACACCAGCACUUCAGACAGUGGAAAUCUGAGGGGCGUGGAAGAAGUCGAGCGUGUCCCCACAUCAAGACUUAUGUUCGCCCAUCACCAGACAGUACCGAGUUAGCCUGGUUUCUUGUAACAAGUGCCAAUUUGUCCAAGGCAGCUUGGGGAGCGUUUGAAAAGAAUGGCAGCCAACUGAUGAUCAGGUCCUAUGAGAUUGGUGUCCUGUUCCUUCCUUCAUAUUUUGGUUGUGAAACAUUGCCAGCAACAAAUGAUGCAGAGGAGGCAGUUGCACGUAGUGAUGAGGUCGUCUUCCCCCUGCCGUACGACCUGCCGCUCACGCCGUAUGUCAAAGGAGAUCGUCCGUGGAUGAUGGAUGUGCCAUGUGUUCGUGCUCCAGACACUAACGGCAACAUGUGGUGUCCUCCACUGUAGGCAUCGCCAGGAACCAGUGACAACUUGGGUUAACCCUUCUGUAGUCAUCAUGCUCCAGGAACCAGUGACAACUUGGAUGAACCCUUCUGUAGUCAUCAUGCUCCAGGAACCAGUGACAACUUGGGUUAACCCUUCUGUAGUCAUCAUGCCCCAGGAGCCAGUGACAACUUGGGUUAACCCUUCUGUAGUCAACAUGCUCCAGGAACCAGUGACAACUUGGGUAACCCUUCUGUAGUCAUCAUGCCCCAGGAACCAGUGACAACUUGGGUAACCCUUCUGUAGUCAUCAUGCUCCAGACACUAACGGCAACAUGUGGUGUCCUCCACUGUAGGCAUCGCCAGGAACCAGUGACAACUUGGGUUAACCCUUCUGUAGUCCUCAUGCUCCGGGAACCAGUGACACCUUCGGUUAACCCUUCUUUAGUCAUCAUGCUCCAACAUGCUCCAGUGACAACUUGGGUUAACCCUUCUGUAGUCCUCAUGCUCCAGGAACCAGUGACAACUUGGGUAACCCUUCUGUAGUCAUCAUGCCCCAGGAACCAGUGACAACUUGGGUUAACCCUUCUGUAGUCAUCAUGCUCCAGGAACCAGUGACAACUUGGAUGAACCCUUCUGUAGUCAUCAUGCUCCAGGAACCAGUGACAACUUGGGUUAACCCUUCUGUAGUCAUCAUGCCCCAGGAGCCAGUGACAACUUGGGUUAACCCUUCUGUAGUCAACAUGCUCCAGGAACCAGUGACAACUUGGGUAACCCUUCUGUAGUCAUCAUGCCCCAGGAACCAGUGACAACUUGGGUAACCCUUCUGUAGUCAUCAUGCUCCAGACACUAACGGCAACAUGUGGUGUCCUCCACUGUAGGCAUCGCCAGGAACCAGUGACAACUUGGGUUAACCCUUCUGUAGUCAUCAUGCUCCAGGAACCAGUGACAACUUGGGUUAACCCUUCUGUAGUCAUUAUGCUCAAGGAACCAGUGACAACUUGGGGUAACCCUUCUGUAGUCAUCAUGCUCCAGGAACCAGUGACAACUUUGGUUAACCCUUCUGUAGUCAUCAUGCUCCAGGAACCAGUGACAACUUGGGUUAAUCCUUCUGUAGUCCUCAUGCUCCGGGAACCAGCUACAACUUGUGUUAACCCUUCUGUAGUCAUCAUGCUCCAGGAACAAAUGACGCCCAUCUCCAGACACUAAUGUCAGCCAAGUGAAAACUGAGUGAAAAUUACCAGCUGCAGACACUAUUGACAACUUGUGUUCACCACUGCCUUGAGUGAGAACACCCUGCCAUAGAAAAUAGCCUAAUUUGGUUUUGUGAACAUGGCCACUGAAGUAUGAAAAUUAAGUCUACACUGAUGGAAAGAUGUAGGGUCACAAGCUAUGGAUUUGUUUGUAUCAGCAAUUGUGUAACCAAUUGAGGUUUUAUAAGAAACGGGAGGAAAAUCAAACACAAAAUGACAAAGCUUAAUUUAUUGUACAGUUACUAUUUGAAGACUCUUUAAUGUUUACAUGAACAUAUGUCACCAUGGUUAGUGUAUGUACACUACUGUAGAUCUGAUCCCUCUUUUGAAGUUUUGUAUGUUACCGAGUGUAGGAUACAAAAACAUUUGUGUACGAGAAAUGAUUGAUAAGCUUUGAGGUUAAAUUCAGCAACACUGUGCAAUACAAUUUUAUUGUGAAGGAAUGCUGUACAUUUCCAAGCAUUUUAUGUUUGCCAGAUGGUAAGGAUUUAUUUUAUGAAAAUUGUACUUAUUUAUGUUUUAUUGACUUGAAAUUUAUGUCAAAUAACACAAGAUAUACACAUGUAUAUAUAAUCCAAAUCAAGCUGAAACUAAACAUAUUGUCUUCCGUAUUUUACCAUUAGUAUUUAUUUGCUUUAGCAUGACUUAAUGGAUUUAACAUUGAUAUUGUUUUUGAGCAGGGUCUAGUUAAUUUAUUUAUCUUGAAACAUUAUUCAGUAUAUGAACAUGUAUUGUUUUAAAGUGUCUUCUGCAGAAAAAAGUCAAUCAAUCUUACUGAAUUUCUACAGAUUACUAUCAUGGUUAUGAAAUAAGAAAAGAAAACAUGUACAUUAUAAAAAUUGUCUGCAAAAUAGUUUGAAGACUGGGUAGUAGGAUCAAGGUUUAUGUAAAAUAAAGGCAAUAAAAUA